AUGAUUUAUCCUCCUGAAGGUUUAUUUUACAUCGAAAUGGAUCCAGCACCACCAGCUCUCCCUCCUAGAUCAACAAAGCCAGUGUCUUCCGCCAUGAACAAUAACUGCCUUUCCCCACAGUCCAACUCGCUACAGGAUGCUGAAUGGUACUGGGGAGAUGUUACUAGGGAUGAAGUAAACGAGAUGCUCCGAGACACACCUGAUGGCUCCUUCCUAGUUCGUGAUGCAUCCACAAAGCUGCAGGGGGACUUUACGCUGACUUUAAGGAAAGAUGGUCACAAUAAACUGAUCAAAAUUUACCACCGAGAUGGGAAGUAUGGCUUCUCAGACCCACUUACAUUCACUUCUGUGGUGGAGCUCAUUUGGCACUAUCAGCACCAUCCAUUAGUGGAGUACAACACCACAUUGGACCUGAUGCUCACACAUCCAGUGUCUCGCUUCCAACAGGUUAGUCAGAUGAAGGAGAACAGUGUGGAUGUCGCUGGAAGAAAACUCAAAGAGGUCCAUUGUCAGUAUCAGGAGAAAUCAAAGGAGUUUGAUCGUCUUUAUGAAGCGUUCACUAAGACUUCACAGGAGAUCCAAAUGAAGCAAACGGCAAUCGAGGCAUUCAACGAGACAAUGAUGAUUUUUGAGGAGCAGUGCCGUGAGCAGGAGCGCUACGGGGAAGAAUUUGAGAGAAACAAUCAAUCUGAGGGAGCUGACAAAGAUCUAGAGAGCUUUCUGAUAAACUACGAAAAACUGAAGUGCCGUCUCAGCGACAUCUAUGACAGCAAGAUCCAUCUUGAGGAAGACCUGCGAAACCAGGUAGAGGACUACAGGGAGACCGACAGAAAGAUCAACAUUUUGCGGCCAGACUUAAUCCAGCUCCGUAACAUCAGAGACCAGUACCUCAACUGGCUCAAUCACAAAGGUGUACGGCAGAAACGCAUAAACGACUGGCUUGGGAUACUUAAAGACAGCCUUGACGAUACCUACGUAUUGAAAGGUGACGAGAAGAAUUUACCACAUCAGGACGAGACAAGUUGGUUUGUCGGUGAACUGAGCAGGACACAGGCCGAAGAGAUGCUUCAGGGGAAAGCUCCUGGAACAUUCCUAAUCCGUGAGAGUAGCAAACAAGGCUGCUAUGCCUGCUCUGUUGUAGUGAACGAAGAAGUGAAGCACUGUAUGAUCUACAGCACGCCACACGGUUACGGCUUUGCUGAGCCAUACGACGUCCACUGUUCACUAAAAGACCUUGUCCUGCACUACCGCUUACACUCCUUAGUGCAACACAAUGACGCCCUGGAUGUUAGGCUGUCACAUCCUGUACACGCCAAAGCGCCCGCAAUGCCUUCACAACUUGCAGAGGAGCACAAACUCUUACAGACUCCCAAACAGACAGUGAGGCUCCCACCGGCUGCUCCAGAAAUGUAA